AUGACUGAUUUUCAGGCCAUCAGAACAUUCUGGCGUGAAGUCAAAGUGAUUGGUAUGGAUCCAACAAUGAUGUUCACCAAUUCCCUUUUGGAGGCUUUUGAAGCACCACUCAGGUUCACCCAGAUGGCGUGGGCUUCAACCUACCAAAUUGGAUGUGGCAUUCGACUUUGUGGAGGCAAUGCGGUUGCCGUUGUGUGCCGCUAUAGUCCGCGUGGCAACAUCGUCAAUCAAAGUGUCUACAAUAUUGGCACAACGUGCUCUCAAUGUGGCAAAUGCACUACAAGUUAUCCGGGACUCUGUGUACCUCCAGCUUAA